AGAAAUUGCAUCGUCUGUCGUUACAGUUAAGGUUUUAGAUUGGAUUUUAGGGUUCCAAAUGCAUCGUUUCUUCUAAUUUCAGUACUUGUAAUAGCUUUUAGUUGCCAAUUUGAUGAUCAAUGGGCGGUUUCGCUACUGAUUAUCUGAAGAGUGAAAAACUCCCUACACCAGCAGAGAUGAUUCAACCCCGUUAUAACUCGGAGUAUAUAUUCCUAAUCAAGCAGCAGCGGCAGCCGAUGUAUGAAAUACAUCCAAGCGCGGCUAAGGCUAAGCAAGCCUCUUUGGUGCAGCCGAGGUACAAAUGGCGCUUCUCCAGGAAUCAUCAAAACAAGUUGAAGAAUCAUCAGAAGAAGUUGUUGAAAUCAUGUCUACAUCAGAACAAGUUCAAGAAUCAUCAGAAUUAUCAAAAUAAGUUGUUGAAAUCAACAGCAUGUCGACAUCAGAACAAGUUGAAUCAGAAUCAUCAGAAUCUAAGAUUAGUAUUUCAGAACGAUUAUGGAAAAACUGUGAGAAUGAAGCACUGUACUUCUGGUAUUUACCUUUGUUUCUUCACGUGAAUUCUGGAAGUUUUGAUGAUAAAGAAUUUUAUCAAUAUAUUGCUAAUUAUGCACAUUUGCUGAACAAUUUUCUGGAAGUGUUCAAGUUAGCAGCAAAUCAAUGUGAAGAUGAUUCUGAUAAAGCUGCAUUCUUAAGGUGGAGUAAAAAUGUGAAGCAAGAACUGGAAAGGCACAAUUCUUUUGUUGAACAGAAACUGGGUUUUGACCCUACAAAAGAAACCAUUAUUCACACUGCAACAGCAAAACACGAAAAGUUCUUGUUAGCGACUGCAUCUGGUGAUAUACAAGUUCAUGAAAUUCCAAUACAUCAGUCAAAAAUUCCUGCUUAUACUCUUGGUGCUAUGAUGCCAAGCCUGAGACUCUAUGCCUUUUUUAGUAAGGCGGUGCGAGAACCUGGUACUCCUGAUGGUAGUUCUCACCCACGCAGCAAGUGGAUCAAAGAAUAUACUUAUGAAAAUUUCAAGAUGUCAUUUCUGCAUGCUGAGGUAUUGCUUGAUAAGCUAUGCAACUCUUUGUCCCAGGAAGAGAUUCAAGUCGUAGAAAGGCUUUAUCGUCGUGCUAUGAGACUUAAAAUGGACUUCUUUAAUUCUCAACAGUCUGCCCUGAUCAUCCCAGUAUAUACAAAGCUUGAUCCUAAGGAACAUCUGAUGCUAUUUGCUGAUUUUGAUUUUACAUGUACUGAUCUGGGUUCUUUGGGAAUUUUAAAAAAUAUUGCAAUAGUGACUGCUCAAAAAGCCGAUCAGCUACUGCAGGGUCAGGAUAGAGACAUACCUUCUCAUAUUACAUCAACAAAUUUGAAGAAUAUUUGGGAGCUUCUUUCCCAGCAGUCUACUUUCGAGUAUGAUAAAUGCAUAAAGAAAAUUAUGCUCGGUGAAAAAGCUCUUAGUUUUAAUUAUCAUGGACUCCAGUCACUCCACGGUGCCCUUGUAGAGCUCUCAUCUUCUGAGGGACGAGCGGUUUCAAGAAUAUUUGAUUCUGGUGUACUGAAAGGCAUAAGCUUGGAGGAAAUAAAGCAAGCUGGCAAACAUAUGAUACUUAAAAAUGGUUGUAUGAAUUUUUUCAAGAAGGUGAACAAGCUCGAUGCAUCUGUCAAUAUAAUGUCAUGUUGGAGUGAGGAGCUAACUAGGUCGGCUCUUUCAGGUGGUUUAGACACGUUUGAAGUAGAUGGGAAUGCGUUCAGGUAUGCAGAUGGAAUCUUCACUGGUGAAGUGACUCGUCAGGCACAUCAGUCUGUUAAAGCAAAACGUAAGUAUUUCCAGGACAUGGUGCAGGAGAAAGAAAAUGAACAUGGCUUGAAUGCCCUUACUGUUUUCAUUGGUACCUCAGUAGGUGACUUGCUAUGCCUGCUCGAAGCUGAUAUUGGCAUUGUGAUUGGGUCAAACAGACACUUGAUUGAGGUGGGAAAACACUUUGGUGUUAGAUUUGUACCUCUGCUUGACGGCGUGGUGGUUAAACAGAAAAAACACUUCUACAGUGGCAACCCUAAUGUCUGGAUGGGUGGUCUAUCUGGUAUUCUUUACACAGUUUCUUGUUGGACUGAAAUACAUGCAUUCAUUCUGGGUCGUGAUUUAGAAGACGAUGAACUGAUAGCUCAAACCCAAACCCCAACUUCUUCUUCUUCUGGUUAUUCUUCUACAACACCUUGUUCAUCGACAACAAUGGCAACUGCUGCAACAAACACCACAACAGCAAUAACAACAGAAACGACUUCUUUACAGGUAGUUUCAGGUGGUGGUGGUGAUGAUUUGACUGUGAAAUCAGUACAUAAAAGGUAUGAAGGAUUAGUAGCAGCAAGGAAUAAAGCUAUUACAGGGAAAGGAGCAUGGUACUGGGCUCAUUUAGAACCAAUACUUAUACAGAAUUCUGAUACUGGUUUACCCAAAGCUGUUAAAUUAAGAUGUUCAUUAUGUGAUGCUGCUUUCUCAGCUUCAAACCCAUCAAGAACUGCUUCUGAACAUCUUAAAAGAGGAACUUGUCCUAAUUUCACUUCUAGGUAGCGAACUGUGUGAACAGUGAAGAUUUCUCGAAAUAGUUCUUUUUUUUUUUACUUCUAUUUUGUCUAUAAAUUUUGGCAUGUUCUUUGAUACGAUGACAUAACAUUGUAGUAUCACCAUAUAUGAGGAGGACUUUAUACAGAUUUUGAGCUUGGCU